CAAAGACCACCGAAACUCCCAUAUUUCUCCUCUCUACCUGAAACCGCUGAGCAAGGUACGUGUGGUGUUUCUCCCCCUUGAUCCCGAUUCCUCUUCGCCUCCUUUCUCUUCGCUCGCGUGGUCCAAGCUGUUGCCGAAAGAGAAGCCAGGAAGCCGAGUCGCCGACGAAGGUAGCCCUUAAAGCGAAAAAAAUUGGUUUACUCCGACUGGAGACGCCGGAAGCUGCGAAAAUACACGACCAAAGAACGCGGUACCCUUCCGUUGCUCGAAGUUUCUGCGCGCCAGCUGCGACAUCUCUAGUAUUCAACCACCACUGUCACUUGUUUAGAUUUCGCAAAAUCGAUCCCCUACUUUCUCUUUCCCAUCUUCUGCACUAUCCUCUGUUCUUUGCGACAGUUUAACCAUCUCGCCGGCGUGGCCUAUUUCGUCAACGAGAACGAAAUAGUUCAAUUACUAUUCGCGGAGAUCUUUUGUGGAAAUACCACGAUAUCCCAUCAUAAACCAGCAUGGGAGAAACUAGCUAUUGUAGCUCUGAAGAUGUAAUCGAAUCAAACGAGCACGGUGAGGACAUUCAUGUCAGGAAGAAGAAAAGAUCACGAAAAGAUCUUAUUAGUUCGACAGAGAAGCGCGGUAUCUGCUACUUCAGUCGGGUUCCACCCCACAUGGAUCCGGCUAGCCUUCGCCAAAUCCUCUCUAAGUAUGGAGAUUUACAGAGGAUAUAUCUCGUUCCCCAAGAUCAUGCUGGCCAAGUACAACGAAAGCAAGUUCGUGGAUUUCGAGGAAAACAAUUCUCAGAAGGGUGGGUCGAGUUUACUGAUAAAAGGAUUGCCAAAAGAGUUGCUAGAAUGCUAAAUGGUGAACAAAUUGGUGGGCGGCGGAGAUCAACAUUUUAUUAUGAUAUUUGGAAUAUCAAGUACUUGAGUAAAUUUAAGUGGGAGGAUUUGACUAAUGAAAUAGCGAAUAAAAACCGUGCUCGAGAGCAAAAAUUAGCCAUGGAGAUUUCUGCGGCCAAGAGGGAACGCGAUUUCUAUUUGUCAAAAGUUGAUCAAUCCCGGGCUUUGAAUUCCAUUAAGGAGCGCGUGAAAAAGAAACAGAAGGCCAAUGAAACAACACUAGGCGUUGAAGCUGGAAAUGAACUGCAAUCUCGAGUUAUGAGGCAGUUUCCACAGAACAGACCUUUCUUUGAAGAUAGUGCUAAACGAAAGAGUCUCCUCUCCACAGAUUUGUUGGCAGGGGUUUUUACUCGCAGUACAUUACCUGGUGGUGAACUACAGUGACUACAGAGAGCCCUUCAAGAGGCCUCUUCAGAAUUAAGGGUGAGAUGUGUUAUUGAAAAGAACUUCAUUGAUUAUUUGUUUUUUUAUUUUAAGUUUGAUGACAUAAUCUAUUCUUUCGUGAAUGAAUGCUAUAAGAAUUUUUUGUUGCACA